GCCUCCGCCUCCCCUCUCCCCUCCACUUUAAGUGCUGAAUCGUCUUCUCUCUUGUCCUUGAAAAAUCCUUCCCUAGCAAUUUGCAACUAUGGGUCGGGAGGACAAGGCAACCUGGAAGGCUAAUUAUUUCACCAAGCUCACCAGCUUGUUGGACGACUAUCCAAAAUGCUUCAUCGUGGGCGCCGACAAUGUGGGCUCGAAGCAGAUGCAGCAGAUUCGCAUGAGUCUGCGUGGCCACGCGCACGUCCUCAUGGGCAAGAACACCAUGAUGCGCAAGGCUAUCCGUGGCCAUCUGGAGAAGAACCCAGCCCUUGAGAAAUUGCUGCCCUUCAUCCGCGGCAAUGUGGGCUUCGUCUUCACCCGCUCUGACCUGGUCGAGAUCCGCGACAAGCUGCUGGAGAACAAGGUGCGCGCUCCCGCCCGUGCUGGAGCCAUCGCGCCCUGCCCUGUCAUUAUCCCGGCGCAGAACACCGGUCUUGGCCCUGAGAAGACCUCCUUCUUCCAGGCUCUCUCCAUCCCCACCAAGAUUUCAAAGGGUACGAUUGAAAUCAUCAACGACGUGCACAUCCUGAAGGAGGGUGACAAGGUUGGUGCUUCGGAGGCCACCUUGCUUAACAUGUUGAACAUCUCUCCCUUCUCGUAUGGUCUGAUCGUCGAGAUGGUCUAUGACUCUGGCACCAUCUUCGAGCCCAAGAUCCUCGACAUCAAGCCUGAGGACCUGCGCGUUAAGUUCAUGGAGGGCGUGCGUAACAUCGCGUCAGUGUGCCUGUCUAUCAGCUACCCAACUAUCGCCUCCGUGCCUCACAGCGUCAUCAAUGGAUUCAAGAACCUGCUGGCCGUUGCCGCAGCUACAGACAUUGAAUUCAAAGAGGCGACCACUGUGAAGGAGUACCUCAAGGAUCCCUCCAAAUUUGUUGCGGCCGCUGCCACCACAGCCGCCCCUGCCGCUGCUGCUCCGGCUGCUGCGGCUAAGAAGGAGGAGAAGAAGGAGGAAAGUGAAGAGGAGUCUGAUGGAGACAUUGGUGCUCUCUUCGGUUAAGCGUUUUGGAGAAGCAGCCAUUAACAUCAUGGCGUUUUAUGCAUUUUGACUGCAACUCACAAGACCUGAAACUAAUAAAACUUUACAAAAUCAUA